CCAAUUUUUAGAUGUUCUAUGGAGAGCUGGAGAUGGUCUGUUUUAAUUUUUUUUUCAAGUAUAGAUUUUAAGUUUUAUGAAAAUAUUUAAGAUUUGUUUACAUAGAUAAAAUGGCCAAUUUACAAGGUGGGAAAGUUGAUAUUUCCUUGAUACAAACAUCAGCUAGGAACAAUUUAAUUAAUUUAUUGGAAAAAUGUCCCGGGAAAAAGGCAAUUGUCUGGGAUAAUAAUUUGGCCGGUCCAGUAGGAUUGGUAGCCCAAUAUACAAUUUUAAGGGAGCAUAUGGUAAUGAAGAUGUACCCCUUACGACCCACCUCUUUGCCUGAAACGGAUGUUGAUCAUGUCAUAUUUAUAUCUCGACCUAAGCUACAUUUGAUGGAUUAUAUAGCUCAAAAUGUACGUAUGGAUAUUAAAACUAAAAGUGGUUCUAAAAAGCAGUAUCACCUUUUCUUUGUUCCAAAAAAAAGUUUGUUAUGUAUGGAGCGACUUAAACAUAACGGGGUCUUUGGAAGUGUCUUUCUGAUAGAAGAAUUUAAAUGCCAGCUUUACCCAUUUGAUUCUGAUGUCAUGUCGAUGGAAAUUUCAGAAGUAUUUAGGGAGUAUACUAUAGAGAAUGAUCCAACGUACUUGUACCAAACGGCCCAAGCCAUAAUAUACAUUCAGAAAUUAUAUGGACCUAUUCCAAGAGUUUGGGGCAAAGGUACUGCCGCAAAACAAAUAUGGGAUCUUGUUGUGAGAUUACAAAGAGAAAAGAAUAAUAUGGAGGAGCCUAAAUCUAACCAACAGUCUUGUAUAGAUCAGAUAAUACUUAUUGAUAGAUCUGUAGAUUUAAUUACUCCAUUGGCUACUCAGCUUACUUAUGAGGGGUUAAUAGAUGAAAUAUUUGGAAUUAACUGUUCAACUGCAAGCUUCCCAAUAGACAAUUUCUUAACUAGUGAAGAAAGAACCUCAGAAUCUCUUUCCGAAGAUAAAAAACAGGUCAUUUUAAAUUUUGCAGACAAAUUGUUUGCCGACAUUAGGGACAAAAAUUUUAAUGCGGUUGGAGCAUAUCUGUCUAAACAAGCAAAAGCCAUUAGUGCACAAUUGGAAAAUACCCAGGAGAAAUCCGUUCAAGAAAUGAAAUUGUAUGUUCAAAGACUGCCUCAAAUCUUGGCAAAGAAAAAGCAGCUCGCUACUCACACUGCUAUCGCAGAAUGCAUUAAAGAAGUGACUGAUAGUUAUGAUUUUCUUGAUACACUCCAAGCAGAACAAGAAUUUUUAAACUGCAUAGAAGUUGACAAACCAAGUCUGUACAUUGAAGAAAUGAUAGCUCAAAAUAAGCCAUUGAUCAAGGUGUUGAGACUGAUGUGUCUACAAUGCAUUGCUAGUUCUGGUUUGAAACCAAAAGUGUUGGAAAGUUAUAAACGAGAAUUAGUCCAGGUUUAUGGUUUAGAAGUCCUAUUAGCCAUCACCAAGUUAGAAAAAGUUGGUUUGCUAAAGCUCCAGUCAAGUGCAAGACAGUACACUGUACUUAGAAAAGCCUUAAGGUUAACUAUGGAAGACACAUCAGAAGUUAAUCCAACUGAUAUCAGUUAUGUGCACAGUAUAUAUGCACCACUUAGUAUCAGAUUGGCGGAACAAGUGACAAAGAACGGUGGAUUGAAGCAGCUUCAAGACGUUCUUGGGCUCUUACCAGGGCCUACAUUAGAUGAAUCUCCUUCGGUAUCUACAAACCUAAUAAAUAAUACCGAUAGUCCAACAGUGGUACUUGUGUUUUUCAUUGGUGGUUGCACAUUUGCAGAGAUUUCUGCUCUAAGGUUUUUAUCACAACAGGAAGAUUCUAAUGUGGAGUUUGUAAUAGCUACGACAAAAAUAAUUAAUGGGACAACUUUUUUGAAAUCUAUUAUUGAGAAUUGAAAUUAUGUAAUAUAUAUUAUUAUUAUUAU